CUCGUCAGACCGGAAGUUGUGCUAACUGCGGAAGUGUUCAGAUCAGUACGGACGUUGGACCGAAAGGAUCCGUUUCAGGACUUUAAUUUGAUCUGGUUUUGAUCCAGCUGUAUGUAGACCUCUGGAAGCCUCGGUUUACAGCUCGAUCGGUCUCCCAGGUUGAGCUGUCGUGAUGGCGGACCACACUGAUAUCAGUCUGCAGCCGGAGGAGCGAGUCCGUGCUCUGACCAAGAAGGGAAGCACGGUGGAGGUGAACGACGACGUGCCCCCCCGACGCUACUUCCGCUCGGGCAUGGAGAUGAUCCGCAUGGCGAACAUCUACACGGAGGAGGGCAACAUCGAGCACGCCUUCGUCCUUUACAAUAAGUAUAUUACACUCUUUAUAGAAAAACUUCCCAAGCAUCGGGAAUACAAGACGGCUAACAUCCCUGAGAAGAAGGACACACUAAAGAAACUGAAGGAUGUUGCGUUUCCUCAAGCAGAGAUCCUGAAAAAAGCUCUUCUGAGGAGAUUUGAACAAGAAUAUGCACAAUAUCUUGUCAAAAAGAAAACGGAGGAGGACGCCCUGGCGCAGGAGCAGUCCAGGCAGCGAGCGCUGGACGCCGAGCGGGAGCGCGUGGCCGAAAUGCAGCGGCGGCAGCGGGAGCAGGAGCAGUUCAGUGCCUUCGAGGAGAUGAUCCGCCGCCAGGAGCUGGAGAAGGAGCGCCAACGCGUGCUCCUCGAGUUCGCCACGCCCGCCGCGCCUUCCCCCGACAUGCCGCUCAUCCCAGGCAUCCAGGGCCCGCCGCUCGUCUCCCCCACCCCUCCCCACAGCCCCGGGGACACGUACACCGGCUCCAACCACCAGUACAACCACCCUCCCGCCACCAUCGGCACACCUGCCUCCGGCCCGCCCAGCUUCGACCGCUCGCUCAAGCCCGGCUCUCUGGUCAGCCCGGGGAACAACAAUACAAUGGUGGAUGCCCUCCGGCAGUUGGCCGUCCCCGCUGAGCUGUGCCGGAGCUUUCUGAGGCUGGCCGAGGCCAACACAAGCCGAGCUGUAGAAACUUGUGGCAUCCUGUGUGGCAAACUGACCAGAAAUGCGUUUACUGUGACCCACGUCAUCGUACCAAAGCAGUGCGGCGGACCGGACUAUUGUGACACGGAAAACGAAGAGGAACUCUUUCUCAUACAGGACCAGUACGAUCUCAUCACCCUGGGCUGGAUACAUACUCACCCCACACAGACGGCCUUCCUGUCCAGCGUCGACCUCCACACACACUGCUCCUACCAGAUGAUGCUGCCGGAGGCCAUCGCCAUCGUCUGCUCGCCGAAAUUCAACGAAAUUGGUUACUUCAGGUUGACGGAUCGAGGGACGGAUGAGAUCUCCACAUGUAAACAGAAAGGUUUUCACCCGCACAGCAAAGAUCCUCCACUAUUUACACACGCGGGACACGUCACCAUCACCGACGACACUGUGUCCAUGAUGGAUUUGCGGUGAUUUUUUUUAUUUUUUAUUUUAAAUUUUUUGUUCCUUUUUUCACCAGAACACUCAUAGACUGUUUUAUUAUUAAACUGCAGAAUGCAGAAAAGAAAAACACUCAUUUUAUUUUCAGGACGGUACUGAGCAAAUACCGACCACGAGUUUACCAUUUAUAUGGACUUCAGUUGUUCUCAAAGGGAGCAACUUUGUGAAUUUUUUCUUCUUUUUUUGGCUCUGUAAGAAAAAUUCCACGUAUUAUUGCACUUUUCAAAACAAAACAACUAGUAUCCACUUAACGGACCUCUGGCUCUUCAACCCCUUCCUCUUUGUGAAUAUGUGCUAUAGUUCCUUCCUGUUCGACUUUUGUUAAUAAACAAAAAAGUAAUUUCUGUUUGUCAGUAAACAGGCAAGUGUCCGCUGACCCGGCCUUCGGUUCUGCCCUGACAGAUAAAAAGUGCCAAGGAUGAGAACAUUCACUCGCUGUCGAGUUGUUCGUUUGUGCAACAAGAAGUUCAGUGUAAAAGUUUAUAAUUGAGUCUUUGUCGUUUUUCUGACUUGGUUGUGUUUCCUUCGUAAGCCGUUGAAGUGCUCCGAGCGGUGAGAGAAACAAACGCCAGUUGUAACUCAGGUAUGCAGGCAGUGUCGCUGUUGCUGCUCUGUAUUAUAUUUUUCUAGACAAACACCAUCACUCCACUGUUUCCCUCACCUGUAAAGGGUUUUAUCUGUAGUUUAAUUCCUGCUUAUGAUGGAUCCACCUUCUAUGUUUGUGUGUUUUUGUGGAGGGAGUGUUGGUGUAGUACCUGAAUGUACCUUCUGCAACACACAUCACUUCACAUCACACUUUACUAACCACCUGGCCUGUCCUCUGUUUGCUCCCUUCUCUCGUUAGAAGAAGUAAAUGAUUAGCCAUAAUUGUGAAAAUACCCUUAAUAAAUUAAAUGCCAAGACAAAAUAAACUUAUUGUAGAUUAA